AUGUUUGUCAAGAACAGCUUGUGGUGCUUGUGGUCUGCCGCUGCUUUGGCACUCUGCGCUAUCACAGUGCAAGCGACACCAACCAGGACGCUGAGCCCUACCAUAACCAAGAGAGCUGUUACACCUACGGAGGCAGGUCAAAUUGGAGUGAAUGCUAUCACGGAUGUUCCCGCCUCAGAAUAUACCAGCGUUGUCGGCCCCGCCACCGAGUGGUACGACGAGAACGGGAAUUAUAAGAAGAUCGGCGUUAACACUGAAUACUUAACUGAAAUUUCUACUACCGUUGAAUCGAGGCCCACGAUUAUUAAGCCCGCGGUCACACUCGUCACAGCUGCAGCAGCUAUUCCAGCUGCGGGUAUUGAAGUCGGAGAUGUGCACAUUGUCCUGGCACCUAAGCUCAAAGAUGCAGUCCAAGCCAUUGCAGAUGAAGCCGUACUGGCUUGUCCCCUCAAGAAACGGCAGACUUGCAGUGCUGCUCAACGUUUUGCAGAAAUCUCGGUCGAGGAACUUCAGCCUGGAGGCCGGCUGGCUGAAUCGGGCUUGAGCAACUUGGCUGAUUUACUGGGUAUCAAUGACGCUUUCGAGGCGCUCGCCGCUGCGCUGGGCACCACCGUUCCUGAAAUCGCCGCGGCAGUCUCCGAAAUCGCCAGUGCCCCUCCGGUCAUCUAUACACUUGUGUUCUUGUUCCUCGUUUCGAGACACGGAGGCGGCAUUCUUCCCAAGGUGUCGCCUGUACUGAACAUUCCUGCGCACUUCGCCGGUAAAGGAAACGGGAACAACGGCGGCGAUAACGAGAAUGGCUGCCCUGCCGACGCUCCUAAAGGAAAGGACGCUCCUGUCUGUCCAGACGACGAUUGCAAGGGUCCGAACGAAGGCAUCGAAGACAAGAGAUUCUGCUCGGCAGGAAAGUGGAAGGGCUGCUCCUGCAUCCAAUUGGGGACCGUGUUCGGCCAAGAACAGGAUCCAUUAUGGCUUCGCGACCAACAGGAGAUUCUCCAAUGGGUAGUCGACAACGGGGCCGAACCUGAACGUCCCUGGUGCUACCCCGCUGGUUCUCCCAACAGUGGCAGAACUCCAGCCGCCUGGUGCGAUUGUGCCGGUGGGUCUCUGAAAUAUGAGCAGGCUGAGAAGAAAGAAGGAGAAGAGUGGCAUAAUCCUUGCCCUUGGACGGAACAGAACCAUCCAGAAAAAACGGUCACGUUCACGGACCCUCCGCCCGUGGAACCAGAAAUGAGCCCGAAGUGCUACGUCAAUCCAUGUCCCGAUGUUGACAAAGCGGCUAAAGAGCAUCCGUGGGUCCACCUUGGCCGAGCAACUGAAAUGGCCCACAAGUUCUGCAAAGACUACGGUGGUAAAACAAUUGGUUCUGGAAAAGACACUCCAGUAGUAGAAUACGAGGAUCUCGAGGAUCAUAAGACGUUCGACGGCAAACGCGAAACAUUCUGGGUCGGAGCCAAGAACCUUGCUCCUGAUUUCCAGAGAAACCUGGAUGAGAAAGACUGCAUUACUGCGAUGGAUGUCAUACUGAACGGCUGUGAUACGUGCACGAAUGACCGCAAAUUUGGUGCAUCGCUUCAGUGGAAAGGUGUCGAAUAUCAUGUGAGGCCUCAGAAGUACAUUCCGUGUAUCACAUGCUAG